AUGUCAACUAUUAUUACCACUGUCUCCUUAUCAGCUCUCGUAUUCUCAUUCAUUAAUGUCCUACUUAAUCUGUACCUUUUAUUUAUGGUUUUUUGUAAAUCGAAAUUCUCAAAGAACAGUUCUGGAUUGUUUUUGAUCUAUUUCAGGUUCGCUGUGGACAUGCUUUAUUCCUUUGCUACGACAAUCCACUUCACAUACAAUAUCCUCAGAAUGCUAUCUCCCGACCUGGUAGUCAAGAAUUUAUCAUUUUUCAUCGCUUGGCCUAACCUAAUUUUUGGAAGCAUUCGAUCAUGGACCGUCCUUUUUAUAACUAUUGACCGAGUUUUAGCAACCUGCAUUCCUAUUAUCUAUCACCUUCACAGAUCCAAAUUUCCUCUUUUGGCAGUUUCAAUCUAUAUUUUUGCCUACGUGCUCUUUGAGCAAUACAUCUUGUUUGGAAUUUGCGCAUUUAUCAUUGAUGUUCCGUUGAGUUGUGCAAACUUUGGAUGCACUACAAACCCUUGUUAUCACGACUAUUGGGAGUAUUAUGAGCAGGCAACUCGAAUUUCGCUCCUCGACUCAUUCAUCAUUUUUGUCUUCGACCUUCUUCCCAUUUUUCUGAUGAGCAACUUCCCAGAAGUCAACUUUCGAUCUGUUGGACCUUUAAGUGCUCUUUGUAAAAACUUUGGAUUCGUAAUUGAAUCGAUCAUUACAUGUGGAGUACUAAUUGGUAAAAAUCAGCAAGUACAACCAGGCUCCGUCACUAGAAUCUCUCGAUCUGUUAUUGUACCGACCUAA